AUGGAGGUAACCAAAGUUAUUAAGAAUGACAUUGGAGAUAAGAAUUUCUCAAUACUUAUUGAUGAGGCUAGAGAUUGUUCAAUAAAGGAGCAAAUGGCGGUGAUUUUGAGAUUUCUAGAUGAUCAUGGAGUGCUCCAAGAGAGAUUCCUUGCCAUUAAGCACAUCACAGAUUGCACAUCUGCUGGAAUUAAAGAAGCUUUAGUUGAUGUGUUGGAAUAUCAUGGUUUGUCAAUUUCCAGCCUACGUGGUCAGGGUUAUGAUGGGGCUUCAAAUAUGAGAGGGGAGUUCAAUGGUUUGCAAAAAUUGGUUAGAGAUGAAGCUCCGUAUGCAUUCUAUGUUCAUUGCUUUGCUCACCAGUUACAAUUGGUGGUUGUCACCGUUGCUCAAUGUAGUCCUGCUAUUGCUGAUUUCUUCAAUUAUAUUCCCUUGAUAGUGACUCAAGUGUGUUCAUCUUGUAAAAGGAAAGAUGCAUUACUUGCCAAACAUCAUGAUGAAUUGUUAGAUUUGAUGGAGAAUGGAAAGAUUUCAGCCGGUACCGGGUUGCAUCAAGAAUCAAACAUAACAAGACCAGGAGAUACUCAUUGGGGCUCACACCUCAAAACCUUGCUUCGUAUAUUCACAAUGUGGAAUGUUGUGGUGGAUGUACUAGGAAUUGUUGUGGCUGAUGCUCGGGAACACACAUGCCAAGGUGGAGCUAGAGGUUUGCUUAAAAACAUGGGAUGCUUUGAAUUUGUGUUCAUCAUGUUCUUCUUAAUAAACUUGUUGAGCAACAAAAAUCAACUAUCCCAAGCUUUGCAAAGGAAGAAUCAAAAUAUCGUUGAGGCCAUGCGUUUGAUCUUGGAUGUGAAAGAAAGCUUGCAGGACAUGAGGGACAAUGGUUGGGAGCCUUUAUUUUGCCAAGCCAAGAACUUUUGUGAAACACAUGAUAUUGAUGUGCCAAACAUGGAUGAUCUUGUUGGAACAAUGGGCCAAUCUGUUCGCACUAAGAAUAAGGUGACUCGGCUUCACUAUUACAAGGUUAGCAUAUUCAAUGUUGCCAUUGAUGCAACUAUCACCGAGGUGAAUCGCCGAUUCAAUGAAGUUUCCACCGAGUUAUUGGAUUGCAUGUCUUGUCUUAAUCCAGCAAACAACUUUGCAAAGUUUGACGUUGAAAAACUUAUUCGUCUUGCUGAAAUUUAUGAUGAGGACUUCACAGAAGCUGACCGGUUGUUGCUAAGAGUACACCUCCCCAGAUUCCUUAUGAACAUUAGGAGAAGUGAUGAAUUUAAUGGAUGCCGGGAUAUGUCCACACUUGCUCGUUUGAUGGUUGAAACAGCGAAACAUACAAUUUUCCAAUUGGUAUAUCGCCUCAUUGAGUUGACACUAAUUCUUCCUGUAGCAACUUCAACAGUUGAGCGAAUAUUUUCAGCAAUGAAGAUCAUCAAGACAGAUUUGCGCAACAAACUAUCAGAUGAAUGGCUAAAUGAUUUAAUGGUGUGCUAUUGUGAGAAAGAGAUAUUCAGAAGCAUUCACGAUGACAAAAUCAUGAUACAAUUUCAGAAAAUGAGUGAUCGGAAAGGACAUUUGCCUUAUGAGUUUAAUGUGAUUCCUUAG